GGGGAAAUGAAAAGUAAACUUUACAUGUUCUGAAGUCGAACUGAAACUUUUCAUUGAAUUAGGUAAAUUAGAAUGUAAAAUAAUUUAGAUGGGUAGAAUUUUUUUUGUAUAAUAAUCGUAGAUUGGACUUGUAACAACGGUACACCCCUGACAACCAUAAUGGCUGCAUCUGCUGUAGAAGUUGAUGCUAUCCCAUAUACUUUUAAUGAAAUUACUAGGCAGCCAGAGCAUGUACUGGAUCCUAUUUUGGACAAAUUAACACCUGAUGAUUACAAAUCAUUAUUCUUCCUGUUGAUUGAUGUUAAAAUUAAAAGGGAAGAUUUUUUAUUCUUGGUUAAGAAAGAAGGGGAUUAUUUGAAGCAUAAAUUUCUUACUAUAUAUUAUGAAUUUAUUUUUAAAGAUGCAUUGUUGAUAGAGAUAUUUGGAACAAUGCAAAAAUAUGAUUUGCUGAAACUUUUAGGAACAUGUCGCCAUGAUUUUGAGCGGGAUGAAGAAACUUUCACUCAGCUAAGUUCCCUAUGGAAGUUUUUAUAUACUGUAUGUGAGCAGCUUGAAAAUGGUGAGGUCAACUAUCUGAAGGAAAAGUUGUUUCUGGAGCAUUUUAAUUUAAAUGUUUGCUGCGCUGAAGAAUUGUUAUGCUUGGCAUUUGUAAAAGGUGAACUUGAUGAACGUAACUGGCAAAGCAAAUUGUCUAAUAUUUUCAAAUCUUUACAUCCAAGCUGUUCGGAAAUGAUUACUUCUUAUAAAGGUUCAAGCUUGAAAUACUAUCCUCUCAGGAGGCCAACUAAAACGGCUCAUUGUGGAAUUGCUGUUAUUUUUAAUCAUGUGAAAUUUGAUGUGCCCGAAUUAAAAGAAAGGCCACAAAGUUAUGCUGAUACAGAUGCCUUGAAAAAACUGUGGGAAACCUUUGGGUUUAAAAUUGAGAUACAUACUGAUUUAACUGCUGCAGAGGUAUACCAAGUGUUUCUGAAAUUGUCAGAAAUGAAUCAUUCUAAUUAUGAUGCCUUUGUAGCUUGUUACUUGUCUCAUGGAGAUGAAGGAGUUGUUGUUGCCAAAGAUGGUAUAUCAAAUAAGUUGACUACUUUAGUUGAUUUGAUUGCUAAUAAAUGUGUAACUUUGGCGGGGAAACCAAAGCUUUUCUUUGUACAAGCAUGCCAGGGUCGUGGAAUUCAGACCGGCUGUCUUGGUCGUACUUUUAUUCCCUCCUCUUCUCCAGAAGUCCAAAUACUAGAACCCCAAGCUUCAGGGCUUUCUAAAAAUGUUGCACUUCGCUCUGAUGUUUUAAUGUUUAAUUCAUCUAUUGAAGGAUUUGUCAGUUUCAGGAAUGGUAGCAGCAGUUGGUUUGUUCAAGAGCUUGUUUCCAAAUUGGAGGAAUAUGGUGAAAAAUUAAAUAUUUCAAAUGUUUUACCAAAAGUUGGCGAAUGUGUGACUGGAAAAGAUGGUAUAAUUCAUGAUGCUAAUAUCACAAAUUGUAAGCAGACACCAGUAAGAUAUAGUACUUUGAACUAUGAAUUAAAACUGAAAAAAGUACGUCGUCUGUAAACCUUGAUUUUUUUUUUUUCAUUUUAUUGUUGAGAUAUUUUAACUGUAAAAUGUUGUAUUAAGUGUAAAGCCAUGUUUUUCAUUUCAUAUGUUGGGUCAUAAUGAGAAAAUGUUUUUGAAAAACUAUAUGAUAAAAUUUAUAAUUAUCUGUUUUAUUGCAAGUGUUUCUUUUAAAAAACAGUUUUCUAUUUUUUAAUAAUUUAACUGAUAUUAGAAGUGUAAUUUUUUGUUGUAUUUUUUGCUAUGAUUUUUGAGUAAAAUAUAUUGAGAAAAGUUUUUUGUGUAUGCAUAUCUUAGUAAUAAAUAUUUGCUUGUUGUGUUUCUUAUGCUUCUCACUUUGAAUACAUCUGAAAUUUACAUGUUUGCAAUAGAGCUUUGUAUGAAAUCAUAAAAUGUUUUUCAUUUGUACCAUGUGGGCGAAAAAUUGUAAGCGGUGUUUUGAUGCAUUUUAAAGUUUUUUUAUAAGCAGAACAUUUGUAUAUAUUGCAUAUUUUGAAAUAAAAUGUUGUUGUAUAUUUUGA